AUGAGUAACGCUUCUUCUUCCGCGUGUCAAUUUGAUGGUGAUGAGAAGUACCCUGCUUCAUUUGACUUUGAAUCCGAGCACCCAUCGUUCAAGAGGCACGCAAAUCCAUCGACACUUUCGAAUUCGAGGGCACAGGUACUGAACGAUGCGAGGACCCGCUAUUUCAAGACUCAACUCUGCAGAAGGUUUAGACAGGGAAUUUGUACACUUGGGUCCGAUUGUAGUUUUGCUCAUAGCGUUGGAGAGCUUCGAAGGCAAGAAUUGGGUAAUGACGAUAGAAGAUUACAGGAGUCCAAACUAUGCAGAAUGUUCUAUCAAGGGCAACAAUGCUAUUAUGGAAACACCUGCCGUUUCCUUCAUACAAGACCUGGCAGUGUGAAUUCUAGAGGCAAUGCAACAGUAGAAGUAAUUCCUACCGGACACGGUAAAAGAAAAUAUGAUCAAGUAGAAUCCCAGAGCGGGUUUGAUGAGAGUUCUGAUGCUGAGUUGAAUCCUAGGAGAGAGCCGCUGAAAACGAAGCUGUGUAUCAAGUGGGACAUGAAAGGACAUUGUCCGUAUGGACGUAUGUGUCGCUUUGCUCAUGGGCAAGCCGAAUUAGGGAAGACUGAUGGCUACUCAACUGCUGAAGGAAGGGUAGUGCGAACUUCUGCUACUGCUACUACAAAAGUGUCGAGUGGUGUAGUAUCAACCAGUAGUUUGCUUCAAAAUUUGAAAGAAUCAUUUUCAGGAAAUUACAAAUUCAACAGAAAUGAACUACACAGGAUCAGUCGCAUCUAUGCUGAUUGGAUUUAA